AGCUGAUCUUGCGCGCGCCAGAGGAUUAUUUAAAUGCGUCACGUUGACAUAACCUCCUUCGCUUAUAUUUACGAUUUACUCGUAUAUCGCACAGUAGUGGUUUACGCAUAUGCUAGAUAGACGCAUUUAAAGUUCGGAGUCUAUUUUUCUUCCUUUGUUUUUCACCCAAUUUUUUUUUUUUUGAGUUUUAAUGUUUUGCAUCGAACGCAAUGCUCGUCGACUCACAGAACAACACCGACCGAAUACUCAAUCUAAAGACGGAGAAUGCGGCCAAUACGAGUCCAGUGAAAAAAUUGAAGGUCCAGGAGACAAAGUACCAGUGUGUGGUGUGUCAGUCGAACAAAAAUUCCUUGAGCGAGCUUCACUGGCAUCAGACUUACCAGCACUCAACCGAGGAACUCUCGCUGUCUGUCAUAGGCUGGAAAGGCUUAGUUAAGAUAGUUGGACCACCUUCUACCAAAGAGAAAGAGAAUAAUACUGAGCGUUCAAUCUGGAGUAGUUUCUCCAAGAAGCCUUCGCAGUUCUACUACUUGUCCAGCAGUAUUUUGCGUGUCAAGGAGAACCAACAACUAGGAAAUCUGGAGGCUCCAAUUGAUUGCAGCUUACCAUCGUCCCUGAAAGUGGAGAAGGAAGAGCCUAGUCCAGUUCAGUUGGAAGAGAAGGUAUCGUUGGACACCACUGUGAAGGAGGAAGAUACAAGCAUGUUCGAGAAGUGGGAAAAGGAACUCAACUGGAUGAAGCAGAUUAGUAUGGAGGACUUUGUAAGAAGUGCAAAUGACUUAUGCACGGAACUCGAACAAUAUAAAAGACUCACUGCUUUGAAAAAGCUUACAAAACGAAAGCAUGUUGUGUAAAGUGUAUUAUUAUUUUUUUUUAAGAUUUUAGUUAAUGAAAAACAUCAGUAAGUCAAUUUUCUUCAAAAUGACUUCCAUAAUAGAGUAUUAUUAUUUUUGCUGAGGUUUUUCUGAAGAAUAUUUGCUAUGUUACUUAUUUUUUACGAUCCCCUUAAAAAUAGGAUUGUUUUUUUUUAUUUAUGUAAAAUGAAAAUUAUAUUUAAAAAAUUAGGAUUUUUUGUUUGUACAACUUUUAACAAUGUUGAAAGACCAUUAUGUAAUGAAAAGUAAAAACAAAUUUUUUUUAAAA